AUGACGUGGGAGUACACGUACCGCCCCACGGCGCAAAAAGAGGGAGGCAGACAGUUGGCUUCUUCCACCGCCGCACCGCCGGUAGUGCCAAGGGACUGGGCUCUGGCCCUGCGGCAGGCAGAUGAAGAAGAGGGGGCUUGCCGGAGACCCAUUGUAGCCGAUGAGGCAAUUGAGCGACAACGUCUGCUGCGUCUGCUGCAAGGCAGAUGUCCAGUUAUUGGAAGGCCAUCUACAGAGAACGAGGAACGCGGCAUCCGCCUGCUGAAUGCGAAGGAUUAUGCUGGGGCAUAUGUCUGUUUUAGUCGGGCUCUUAGACAGAACUCUCAAUCUAAACUAGCGUGUUGUAAGCGUGCGUUGUGCAGUUGGCACCUCUUUCUAUAUGACGAGUGCAUCGAAGAUUGCCAGAAGUGUCUGCAGCUGGACCCUGAUCUAGUGACGCUUCUCUGCCGCUCGCUGCUUUUUCGUGAGCGGUACGAGGAGGCACGUGAAUGGUACGAUCAUGCACUUCGUGAGAUGGCACCUACGCUGGAUGAUCCGUACAAUAUCAAGUGGAGGGCGGAAUGCGAGGCGAUACCUGCCCUACGACGGUUUCGCUCUUCUGUUGAACAGAAGAAAUGGGAGGAGACCCUUCGUGUGAAGGAUGCUGCCAAACCUCUGGUCGAUGGCUCCCCUUUAGUUGUAUUGGAAGCAAGAGUCCUUCUCCAUGUAAACCCUACCACAGCACGACUACGUCUUCUUUCUUAUGUGCCUACAAUCGCGAGGCCCUUAUCAUCCAAUACAGAAAUGUCUCCAGAAGAGGUAGCAGCGUGGCGCUGUGUAGAAGAGCAUUAUCUGCAGGCUUGUGUUCUCUUAGCGCAGGCCAAUGCUUACUGUGGUAGCCAGUUUUUGGCUCUCGCCGCGGCUCUCAUACAAACAUGUUUGACCAUUAGUCCCGGAUUUGGCCCUGCUCUUCUGCUAGGCCAUUACCUUGUUUCCCUAGAGGAGAUUCUUUCACGAGUAGCAACAUUGUUCGGGCAACAGCGGUACAGUGAGGCAAUUCCUCUGAUCCAUAAUGGACUAAACCUGGACAAGUCAAACCGAUUAAUGUGUAGUUCUCUACACUGUUUGAGAGCAGAGGCCUAUGCCCAUCUUGGUGAGCACCUCCGUACCAUCAGUGACUGCACUGCUGCAAUCGAGAGGGACCCAAGCUCUGCACGGGCCUACGUGCUUCGGGCGGAGGCGCAUGAUAAGGUGGGUGAGCGUGCACUGGCGGCAAUGGAUCGUCGCACUGCUGUCCGCCUGAGCCCUGCGUUACGCCACAUACUCCGUGGAGAUGAGGAUCAGUUUGCGCCACGGCCUGAACCACCACGCUCACCGCGUGGGAAACAGGGGCCGCGGAAAAGCCGGCCACGUUGGUAUGAUGCCUUCAUGAGAAAUAGUGAGUUUGUGAAUGAGCCAAGGCCUCUGGGUAGUGAAGUCCCAAAGUUCUGGAGCUAUGCUUCACAUACGACAGAGCGAACAGCACCACCACGACCAACAACAACAACAACAACAACGGCGUCGUCGACCACAACACUGUACGACAUACUUGAGCUUCGGCGCGGGGCCGGUGUGGAGGAGGUUCGAGCGCAGUUCAAGAGGUUGACCUUGAAGUAUCACCCAGACAGGGUGGUUAAGGAGACACCAAAAACCCAGCAGGCGGCACUGGAGCGCUUCAAGCUCAUUAACCAUGCGCAUGAGGUCCUUUCAGACCCUAACGAGAAAUUUCAUUAUGAUCUCUCGCUUGGCAUUCGUGCUCCUGCAAAUUUUUAG